AGGGACCAAUGGAGUUUGGUGAUGGUUUAUGAAACGGAGCAUUUUUUGAAUUGGGAACAAGAAACGAGUGUUCUUCAGCACGUGAUUAAACACCAUUCUAGUGUUUAUUUUACAAUGCCUUAGGUGAAACUUUUUUACUGGUUGAGAUUUUUUUUUAUCAGUAGCUGAUUCUUCGUCGUCGUCGUCGAGAUGCUAACGAAACAUGUUGAUCCAGCUCAACAUCGACAGUCUCUGGUGUUAAUAAGAGCCUGCACUGGCACAGAGCUCAUGUUCGAACUACCUUCUGUUGGAGAAAAGGGCAGAAGUUCUGAAAACGGCCACCAGGGUGAUGACGUUUUCUCCACGUCGAUACUUGCGACUGUUCCUGCUGAAGUUGCGACUUACAAGACAAGCACAGAAGGUCACGUGACAUUGCGCUUUCAUGACGAUUUCCAGUGUGUUAAAGAAACAAUUCAGAAACUAAAAACGUGCGGUUAUUAUUACGAGAGUUUAUCAUGGCAACAGGCGUCUAAUAUACUUCAGAAUAAACAGGUAGGGACGUUUUUAUUGCGAGACAGUGCGAACCCACGUUUCCUUUUUGCCGUCAGCGUGCAGACGGAACGAGGCCCGACAAGUGUGAGAAUACAUUAUUCCCACGGACAAUUUCGUCUAGAUUGCCCCGACUCGCUCGUGCCCUGCAUGCCGUUAUUUGAAUGUGUUCUACAACUUGUAGAAUAUUUCGUUCGGCUAAGCCAGUCGGUGAAGGCGGCCUUUUGUGUCUGGUUAGACGACUCAGGACAGCAGGAUGUCCGAGUUCGGCUAUAUAGACCAUUAUAUAAACACGUUUUGUCGCUUCAGCAUCUGUGUCGUCUGACCGUCAAUCAAAGGCUACAGGCACGAGCUGAUCCCGCGCUCGGCUCAUGGCUCGUAGAUGAUAGCAUCGGCACGUUAGAACUACCAAAACCAGUGAAAGCUUAUCUCAGGAGUUAUCCUUAUCUGCAUUAAUCCAUUUUUUGGUACUUGUGGACGAUGCGACUUGUCGAAUGUUACUUUAUAAGUUUAUUGUAGCAUUUACAGAAUUGUUUAAGAUCGAUAAAUGGAUGUUGGACCAAUAGCAAAAGAUCAAAACAAAUAUGUGAUAAAAUUAUGAUUUAGCAAAACCUUAUUAAAACUUAACUAAGAUCGAUUUGUCAACUGACUUUAUUUGUAUUUAAAACUUAACUGGAGUUCCUGGUGGGAGAGGGAGAUUCUGGGAGGGUGUAUGAAGUUAUUAUGUCGUAGUGCAUGCUGUCUAAUCCGAGUCACAUGGCACUGUUGACCAACGAUUGCAAACAAAUCAGAUUUGGCUAUUAAAAAUCAAAGUUACUUGUACAAUGUGCGCAUGCGUGGAAAAAUAACUGGUAAAGCUCUUAGAAUAUCAACAACAAAAACUAACAGAGGACUCUGACCUUAUUCUUUGUUUUUACCUGAUGAUUCAAAUGAUAUUUUAAGUUCGGUCAACAUAUUAUUGAACGGGCAACAUUAUAGGAACCUGUUACCAUUUUAAAUAAAAGUGUUUUGAUUCACUGA